ACUGUUAUAUAAACGCAGAGUCUAGUAUUUUGACAUCAUAAGAGUUCUCUCCAUUUCAUACUAUUGCGGCCGUUGAAGUAAGAGAAAAAUGUCUCACCGAAAGUUUGAGCAUCCAAGACACGGUUCUCUCGGCUUUCUCCCAAGGAAGCGAGCUGCUCGUCAUCGCGGAAAAGUGAAAGCCUUUCCAAAAGACGAUCCUACCAAACCAUGCAGCUUGACUGCUUUUGUUGGCUACAAGUCUGGGAUGACCCAUAUAGUUAGGGAGGUUGAGAAGCCUGGAUCCAAGCUUCAUAAGAAAGAGACAUGUGAAGCUGUCACUAUCAUUGAAACUCCUCCACUUGUUGUUGUUGGAGUGGUGGGCUAUGUGAAAACACCGCGAGGCCUUCGCACACUGAAUACUGUUUGGGCUCAGCAUCUAAGUGAAGAUAUCAAGCGUCGGUUUUACAAGAACUGGUGCAAGUCAAAGAAGAAGGCUUUUACCAAGUAUUCCAAAAAGUAUGAAACCGAAGAAGGAAAGAAGGAUAUUCAAUCUCAGCUUGAGAAAUUGAAAAAAUAUGCCACUGUCAUCCGUGUUCUUGCUCAUACUCAGAUAAGGAAGUUGAAGGGUCUAAAACAAAAGAAAGCUCAUUUGAUAGAGAUCCAAGUUAAUGGUGGAACAAUAAGCCAGAAGGUGGACUAUUCAUACAGUUUCUUUGAAAAGCAAGUCCCUGUUAAUGCUGUUUUUCAGAAGGAUGAGAUGAUUGAUAUCAUUGGAGUAACUAAAGGUAAAGGUUAUGAAGGUGUGGUAACUCGUUGGGGUGUGACCCGCCUUCCACGGAAGACACACAGAGGUCUAAGGAAGGUUGCUUGUAUUGGUGCUUGGCACCCUGCUCGGGUUUCUUUCACAGUUGCCAGGGCUGGUCAGAAUGGAUAUCAUCAUCGCACUGAAUUGAACAAGAAGAUCUACAAGGUUGGCAAGACUGACGAAGAGUCUCACACAGCCAUCACAGAAUUUGACAGGACUGAGAAGGAUAUUACGCCCAUGGGUGGAUUUCCUCAUUAUGGUAUAGUGAAGCAUGACUAUCUUAUGGUGAAGGGAGGCUGUGUUGGACCAAAGAAGCGGGUUGUGACUCUUCGUCAAUCACUACUGAAGCAAACAUCUCGAUUGGCUCUUGAAGAGAUCAAGUUGAAAUUCAUUGACACCUCCUCCAAGUUUGGACAUGGUCGCUUCCAGACUACUCAGGAGAAACAGAAGUUUUAUGGUCGUUUGAAGGCCUAGUUCUUAUUUUAUUAUAUUUAUUGUUUAUUGUGUCGAGAGAACCUUCCUUUUCCCUCUGUUUUUGCAUCAAAUUAAGUCAUUGUGGUGUUUGUUUGUUUAAAGUCAGUCGUUUAAAUUUCUCAUUGUGAAAACAAUUUUGUUUUACUUUGAUGGGUUUUGUGUA